UUAUGCAAAUGAGUCAUGGUAACCCCAAUCUCUAAACCAUGCUAUCUGUCCGCGACGCCACGCUAUCUUAUCACCAGUUUGUACUCUUUGAUAUCCUAUCUCUCCGAGUACAGUUCCACACUAUUGCUAUGUUUCUAUAACCAAGAGAUUCUUGUCAACAUGAACGUUUUCCUAGCAUUCCUGUACAUCUUGCCGAUCGCUGUGUAUGAAGUUUCCGGUGAGGGGAAUACCACAGUAGCCACGUGUGGUGACGUUCUAAAUAAUUGCGAAACAUACGGGAAAGCCGCGUGCCAUCAUCCGUUUGAAAGUUGGGCCCGGAAGAACUGUGCCAACUACUGCGGAUUUUGUGGUGAAAACGCAUGUGUGGAUGAAUUAACUAACUGUGAGACAUAUGGAACCGCCUCAUGUAAAUCUCCAUAUGUGAGUUGGGCUACCAAGAACUGUGCCAGGUAUUGUGGUAUAUGUGGAAGUAUAAAGGUACCGACACACCCACCUUUAGCGCCAUCCACCGCUGGUUGUCAUGACGAGGAAAAGGACUGUAGUUCAUAUGGCAAGGACAUAUGCACUGGGUACCAGACCUGGGCCAGGCAACACUGCGCCGCAUAUUGCGGUUUCUGUGAGGAAUUGUCAACAAAACCCACCAUACCAGUGUAUUUUUACACUGGCACUUUCCCACCCGGGUCUAAUGGUACUUUAAACAGAUGUUUUUAUAAAGGGAACUUUUACCAAACAAACGACACCUGGCGAGAUGGAUGUGAAUACAACUGUACCUGUACUGAUGAUACGAAGGGAAUGUACAGGUGUACAACCUUGUGUUAUACGUGGACCUUACCCAGUAUCUGCCGAUUGGAAACUCCGCCUGGCAAGUGUUGCGCCAAACCGGUGUGUCCUCCCAACUUCCAUCUUCAGUAUCCACCGGGUUACGUAGACCAGGACGUCUGAACUAACAGAUAUCGCAGGACUCAUUGAUUAUAUAAAACUUCCUUCAUCUAGAUGUCUAUUUUCAUGAUUUAUUAAUAAACCCAUACAAUUAUAAA